CACAGAUGCCAUGUUUGUGCUCAGGUGUGAUGGAGACUCGGGGCAUUUAGCCGUUUUUAGUGAAAGUCAUGAGAAGUGAAGCGCUAUGGAGAGUGACGUGUGCUGUUUAAGAGACAUAGACGACGUGACGUCAGACUCGCAGUGCCGCGGUGUGCAGAGUGAAAGGACCAAAACCUUGAUCGAAGAGAUCCGUGCUCUAAUCAAGAACCACGAUGCGGAGUAUUGCUCCUUCUGGAGGCCGGUGCUUCCCUGGGGCGGCGUCUACACGAUCCGGGCCGGUCAGAAGGCCGUCUCUUGCAUACCCCUGUACGUCAAAAUCAGUCUGAAGAACACCUGCACCAUCGACGGCUUCCUCAUGCUCCUGUACGUCAUCCUGCGCGAUAACCAGACCUUCCGCCGGGAGGUGGGGCUGGUCUUAGGCAAGCGCUUUGUGGAGCACUUCCUCUAUCUGAUGGACUCCUACGAUUACACCACGGUCAAGAUUCUGUGGAUCUGGGACAGGAUGUCCAAGCGGCAGUACCGCUCCGAGAUCCAUCAGGCCGCUCUGGAGAUCGACCUGUUCGGCAACGAGCAUGAGAACUUUACUAAGAACCUGGAGAAUCUGAUGUCGACCAUUCAGGAGAGUUUCUGCACCAACUGGUGCUGUCCGUGUCGUUACCAGGAGCUCCUUCAGAACACCAUAAACAUCAACCCUCCACACGAGCUCCCAGAGAGGGAUCCCAUCCAGUCUGCAGUGGAUGAGUUCUUCUGUCCAAAGAUAGUCCUCUGUCAGGAAUAUGGGUGUAACGGCCUGAGAGAGUUCUCGCAGCGAGAGUUCUGCCACGGUGCUCCUCCCUUCAUCAUCCUUAACAUGCAGCUGUGGAAAUCCGAGGACCUUUCCUACGUUCCGUAUCAUUUGGCUGUGUCCGAUCACAGGUACUCUCUAGAGGGCGCCACUCUCUUCAACCGGGACGAACAUCACUACUCUGCGGCGUUCCGGAUCGACGGGUACUGGAUGCACUACGACGGGCUUCGGAGCGACACCUUAAUCUUAUUGAACAAACCUCCGGAGCUGCUGCUUCUGUCCUCCCUGGUUUACGUGCGGUCUCACGAGAAAUGACCCGCACAACACCCGGCUGAGACGGAAGCCGCACCCGAUACCACUUUUUUAUUCAAAUUGUUCUCGAAAGUCUUCAGUAUUAGGUGUGAGUGUUGGUAAGGGUGAGAAAGCUGUAGCCAGACUGCAGAGAGUGAAGUGUACGUCCGAGUGAGACUUCAUGCUCCUUCACCGUAGCGCGUUUGGAUUCUUUUGCUUUCCUUCUCAACUUUUCCACGUAGUUGCUUCUUUACCAUUGUCUCAUCGAUGUACACUCAGUCAGACGGUUACAUUUUAUAGUUUAUUGCGAACGUUUUUUGUAAACUUAAAAUAGUUUGUUAGUAUUUUUACUUUUACAUAAUUAUAGGGAUGAUAUGUUUUUUUGUUUUUUAAACGAAUGCUUUAUACUUUUAUAACUGAUGCUAGAAUUCGGCAACACCGAGUUAAACAGCUUCACCUUUUUUACGUUCUGCUUGGAAUCCAAGAAUUUUAUAAUAGACUGUAAUAGCCCUGGGCUGAUUAUGUAAAACAUUUCCUACACUUCUUUUAUUAUAUUUUUUAUUUUUUUGCUCAAAAAAAAGAAUCAUGUAUUUUCCUAAAGACGUCAUUAAAAACCAAAAUCCAGGAAAUCAGAAGCCACGUCUUUAAUCUAAGCGAUAAUGAUUUUUUUGGGAUAAUUGGUGUCUCAGAAAAGUGCCAAAUCACCUUCUCAGGAAACAUUUUUUUUCCCCUUGUUUUUUACAGAUCCAUGUACGAGGGGCGUUCAAGUCAAACCAGGACUUUUUAUAAUAGUACAGAAAAACAACACAUUUCUGAGAGUAAAAACUCUCUUAUUUCUCUAUAUAAUCCCCUGAUACACUAAUGCACUAAUAUCCAAGUGUUUCACUAGAGCUUGGACACCAUCAACUCGACCGCCUGCUUCACGUUACAGAAACUCAGCUGGAAGUUAUCGCCACAUGCCCCCGGCCUCCUAGGACCUCCUUUAAUGCAGUUUCCAAACACGUGGAAAUGUCUUGGAGCAAGGUCAGGAUUGUACGGGGGAUGUGGCGAUAACUCUCAGCCGAGUUCCUGUACCGUGCGAGUGGUGUUGGUGAACAAGUGUGUGUACAGUUCACACACACAGAUGUGUCUCUCGCUGAAUUUCGCAGGAACGAAUGUCAGUCACUUUUUAUCCGCCUUCAUUCACCAUAAAUUUCAUAACUGGUCCCGGUUUGACUUGAACGACCCCUUUCUUAAGUUACUUAACAUUCUUUCUUAUAUAUUAAUGAGUUCUUAUUAAAUACACGUGUGUUUGUGUGAACCUUAUGGUCAUAAAAUCUGAUUGUUGACAUUUUCACCUCACAGCUCACCCUGUACGCCUACGAGCUUGUCAUGUCCUUAAUUCUUAAAUUCUCAGUACAGAUUUGGUUUACACAGAGUUGACUAUAUUUAUAAUUCUUACCUAAAUAAUUUUGCACUUGCUUUCAUU